UUUCCGCCUUUCUAGAUAUCUCCCAAUGCAAAAACAAAAUCCACUCCGCCCAAGUAAAAUAACCCAAGAUCCAAAGAAUAUUUAGCAAAGAAUCGUAAAAUGGUGGCCAGCCAGAGAGCACAAGACAACUCCAAGCCAAGGGUAUAUGCGCCCAGCACUUUCACAUGCUCCAAGCAUCAUCGCGGUAAUCCUCCAGGUCAAAAAAAAAAAAAAAAGACGAAAAAGAAAAACAAAGGUUGCCAACCGAGAAAAAAAGAAAAAAAAAAAAAAAGGUAUCACUGAGUUUGAGUAAUGCAGCAAAAUCGAAAGUCGCAGGCGCCGUCGCUCG